AUGCGGGGCCCGCGGGCGGCCCUGGCGCUGCUGCUGGCGGCGGCCCUCGCCCCGCGGCCGGCGCGGCCGCACCCGCAGUGCCUGGACUUCAAGCCGCCGUUCCGGCCGCCGCGGGGCCUCGCCUUCUGCCGCCGCUACGCCGAGUUCGGCUGCUGCGACCCGCGCCGCGACCGCGCCCUGCUCCAGCGCUUCUACCGCCUGAGCGCCAGCCUCGACGAGCGCACGUACGCCGCCUGCGCCGGGCACCUGCAGGACCUGCUGUGCCAGGAAUGCUCUCCAUAUGCAGCUCACUUGUAUGAUGCUGAAGAUCCCUCCACCCCCGUGCGGACGAUACCAGGACUAUGCCAAGACUAUUGCAUGCAGCUGUGGCAAAACUGCCGCUCCAUUUUUCGCUCUCUCUCUGCAGACCCAGAGUUAAUUGCACUGGAAAACAACAUGGCAAAGUUCUGCCGCUACCUGUCCCUGGAGGACACUGACUACUGCUUCCCACACCUGCUGGCUAACCAGAACCUUAACCAGAACCUGGGGCUGGUCACUGCUGACGCAGAGGGCUGUCUCCAGCUCUGCCUCGUGGAGGUCGCCAAUGGGCUGCGCAAUCCCGUUGCGAUGGUGCACGCCAACGAUGGCACCCACAGGUUCUUCAUCGCAGAGCAGGUUGGUCUGGUGUGGACCUACCUCCCUGAUGGAUCCAGGCUCGAAAAGCCAUUUCUGAACAUCAGUGAAGCUGUGCUUACCUCACCUUGGGAAGGAGAUGAGAGAGGGUUUCUGUGUAUCGUCUUCCAUCCUAAAUUCAAAUUCAAUGGUAAAGUGUAUGUCUACUAUUCAGUUGAAGUUCAUUAUGAAGAGAGAAUCCGAAUCAGUGAGUUCAGAAUUUCUCCUGCUGACAUGAACGUAUUGGACCAUGGUUCUGAAAGGAUAAUCCUUGAAAUAGAAGAACCUGCUUCCAACCAUAAUGGAGGAGAGCUGCUCUUUGGAGAUGAUGAGUAUCUCUAUAUCUUUACUGGAGAUGGAGGCAUGGCUGGGGAUCCUUUUGGCACCUUUGGAAAUGCCCAGAACAAAUCAGCCCUGCUGGGCAAAGUGCUGCGGAUCGAUGUGAACAACAACGACCGCGGGCCCCUGUACCGAAUCCCUCCUGACAACCCUUUUGUCAGAGACCCCACGGCUCGCCCCGAGGUCUAUGCGUACGGAGUGAGAAACAUGUGGCGCUGCUCUUUCGAUAGAGGGGAUCCCCACACCAAGGAAGGGAAGGGGAGGCUCUUCUGUGGAGAUGUGGGGCAGAAUAAAUACGAAGAAGUCGACAUUGUUGAGAAAGGGAAAAAUUACGGCUGGAGGGCAAGGGAAGGGUUCAGCUGUUACGAUAAAAAACUUUGCACCAAUUCUUCCUUGGAUGAUGUGCUUCCAAUUUACGCAUAUCCACACAAAAUGGGAAAAUCCGUUACAGGAGGCUACGUCUAUCGAGGCUGCGAGUCUCCAAACCUGAAUGGCCUGUACAUAUUUGGUGAUUUUAUGAGUGGACGCCUGAUGUCUUUGAAGGAAGAUCAUGCCACUGGAGAGUGGCAGUACAGUGAAAUCUGCAUGGGGACAGGACAAACAUGCAUGUUCCCUGGGCUUAUCAAUAACUAUUAUCAAUACAUCAUCUCCUUUGCUGAAGAUGAGGCAGGGGAAUUGUACUUCCUGUCGACUGGAGUACCAAGUGCCACAGCUCCCCAUGGAGUGGUGUACAAAGUGGUGGACACCUCCAGGACAGCACCACCAGGAAAAUGCCAAGUUGAGCCAUCGCCAGUGAAAGUCAAAGGCAAGCGCAUCCCAUUUGUACCAAAGGAGAAGUUUAUUAUGAAAACACCAACGCCACAUCCUCGGCUGAAGACCACCACCGAGGCCCCGCGGGGAGGCGGCCCUGACGCCCUCAGGCCCCUCACGCCGGCGCCGCCGGGGAGGGGAGGCAGGCCCAGCCCGGCGGCGCCGGGCGGCGGGGCCCGCGGGCCGGGCCACGGGCCACAGGAGAGGGGACAGCGCAGGAGGAAGAAGCCCCCCGGCAAUGGCGCCGUGAGGCUGAUGCGGCAGGACCGGCGGGGCCGCGGCCGCGGCAGGGUGGAGGUUUACAUCGACGGCGAGUGGGGCACGGUGUGCGACGACGGCUGGAGCUUGCCUGCCGCCGCCGUGGUGUGCCGCCAGCUCGGCUUCCCCUACGUGGUGCGGGCCACCAAGAAGGCAGAGUUCGGGGAAGGGACCUCCAUCCGCAUUCUUCUGGAUGAUGUGCAGUGCUCCGGGCAGGAGAGGACGCUGCUGGAGUGCUCCCAUGCCGGUGUGGGCACGCACAACUGCUCGCACGAGGAGGACGCCGGUGUGGUGUGCAGCCGGGAGGAGGUGACAGACCGGUGACCGAGGGGCUGGGGAAGGCAGCUCAGGGGCUUGGAGCGCAUCCCUUUCUUGGCCAGCCCUCUAAACCAGCUGCAGUAUUGAGGAGGGUGUGCCCUGCCUUGAGGAUGCUGCGUCUGUUCAAAGUAAUCUCAUGUUUUUUUCGUGUUCGUCCCCAUGCAUCUGCCUCAGAGGGAAGAAAAAAAAAAAAAAAAAAAAGUAAAAUGAGGUAGUGAAUUGAGUAUGAUGUGGGCAGGGGCUGUAUUUCUAUGUUUGUUUGUUUGUUUGUUUUUUGUAGGAAGAAACCCCCAAGCACCAGCCUUUAUAGAUCAGAAAAGAUGCAUCCUGUUGCCCUUUCCCAUUUCAAAAUACAACAUUCUUCAGCUGUGCUUCACAAUGUUUUGCCAAAAAAUAAAUUCCCAAAUGACCAUGUUUUACUCUUACGGAAGCAUUUGCAUUGCUCGCCUUGCUUUGCCACUUGCAGCUCUGAGCUGCAGUUUCUAAGGACGUGCCUUUCUAAAUCUGUGCCUUUCUUUGCAAAUUAAAAAAGUGGGGUUUUUUUUAACUUUCCACCCACUAGUUUAAAGGAAAAUUGUUUUUCUGUAAUGCUUUUUAUUGGUAUAAACCUAUUGGUCAUCAAGAGUAAGGAAAAUCAGAUGAUUUAAAAUAAAUCAUAAUGUACUGCAUGUAAAAAAUUUCUGCAGUUUACAUUAGCCUAAGUGAAAAGAAAAUCUGACCACUUUUACAUGAACAGGAUUGAAAAUCUGUCCUUUUUUAGAUGAACAGGAUCAUUAUCCAGCUUAACUCUGAAGAUACUUUGUAUGUGUUUAUCCACUUUCCCAAACUUUAUGAAGGCACAUGUUUUUUCAUUCAGUUUUUCACAGGUGUGAAUGACUAGACAAGAGGUAAUGCACUGUGGCAAUAAUCCUGUAAUAUUUACCCCUUUUUAGAGGAUAUUAAAAAAAAAA